CAUGUAAUAAUCAAUUUCUAACUUUAUUCACAGAUUAAAGUAGGCACUGACUGUCUUUUUGUGACUUAACUUUACCUGAUUUAAACCCGCCCACUUCUACAAUGGCAAACCGACCAAAGGGAUACGGAUACUCUCGGGAAGUUGCUUCUAAGAUUGAUGCAAAGUACUCCGAAGAAGACGAAAUGGAAGUCGUGGCUUGGGUCAGCUCCCUUGUUCAAAGUUCGCCGGAACAAGCAGGAAAAGAGGGGUUCCACGCCUGGCUUCAAGAUGGCCAGGUUCUUUGCCAACUAAUGAAUGUAUUGCAGGCUGGGAUCUGUAAGCCCAACCCAACUUACACGGGCUCAAUGCAGGCGAUGAAACGGAACAAAGAGAUGGAAAAUAUCGGAAUGUUUCUUUCAGCAGCAGCAAAAUACGGUGUCAAAUCUGAGGACCAAUUUCAAACGGUUGAUUUGUACGAAGGUGGGAACUUGGGACAAGUUCAAGCCACUUUAUAUAAGCUUAGUUCAGUCGCCAUGAAGAACGGAAUGGGUGAAGGCAUCGGUGUGAAAAUAGCAGAUGAAAACAAACGUAAUUUUGACGAACAAAAAACGCGUGAAGGAAGAAACAUCAUUGGUUUACAGAUGGGCACGAACCAAGUUGCUUCCCAAAGAGGCAUGACAGCUUAUGGACUCGGGCGACAAUUGACUCCGCAAAAGUUAAACCAACCCACUUCUACAAUGGCAAACCGACCAAAGGGAUACGGAUACUCUCGAGAAGUUGCUUCUAAGAUUGAUGCAAAGUACUCCGAGGAAGACGAGUUAGAAGUCGUGGCUUGGAUCAGUUCGUUUGUUCAAAGUUCGCCAGAUGAAGAAGGAAAAGAGGCUUUUCACGCUUGGCUGAAAGAUGGUCAGGUUUUGUGUCAACUGAUGAAUGUGUUGCAGAAUGGUAGCUGUAAACCCAAUCAACCUUACACGGGCACAAUGCAGGCGAUGAAACGGAACAAAGAAAUGGAAAAUAUCGGAAUGUUUCUUUCAGCAGCAGCAAAAUACGGUGUCAAAUCCGAGGACCAAUUUCAAACGGUUGAUUUGUACGAAGGUGGGAACCUGGGACAGGUUCAAGCCACUUUAUAUAAGCUCAGUUCAGUCGCCAUGAAGAACGGAAUGGGUGAAGGCAUCGGUGUGAAAAUAGCAGAUGAAAACAAACGUAAUUUUGACGAACAAAAAACGCGUGAAGGAAGAAACGUUAUUGGUUUACAGAUGGGGACAAAUCAAGUGGCUUCGCAAGGCGGCAUGACACCUUAUGGGCUGGGUCGGCAGCUGACUGGGCCAAACCUGAACAGCACAAAAUAAUUCAGAAAACAUACAAAUCCAACGACACCUUCAAUAUUCAUGAUUCGUGCUUUGUACUAUUUGUGCCAAACAGUAUUAUAUUGUACAGAAAAACUGUUUCAGCUGAACUUGUAACAUGACUGAUUUGCAUGCCUGGCUCUUAAAAACUCAAAACAGCGUUUUGUAAGUUUAUAGGCCCACUUUUUAAGCAGUGUACCACAGCAUAAUCGAUUUAAUAUUUCGUCGUCGGGUUUUGUACAUACAAUACAAAAUUUCAAGUAAAUGUA